CCUAAUUGGAUUUAUAGUCCUAUCAUAGCAAUCUUGUUUCUUCUCAAGGAAUCGAAGAGCUCUGCAACCCAUCCGGUUCUCGUGUUCAUCGAUUCUUCAGAUUAGGAGAUUAGAAUUAUGGCGUACGCUGCAAUGAAGCCGACAAAGCCGGGAUUGGAGGAGCCGCAGGAGCAAAUCCACAAGAUUAGGAUCACCCUGUCCUCCAAGAAUGUCAAGAACCUCGAAAAAGUUUGUGCUGAUUUGGUACGUGGUGCCAAGGACAAGAGGCUGAGGGUGAAAGGCCCUGUGAGAAUGCCCACCAAAGUUCUUCACAUUACUACUAGGAAGUCCCCUUGUGGUGAAGGAACCAACACUUGGGACAGAUUUGAGCUGCGUGUCCACAAGCGAGUGAUCGAUUUGUUCAGCUCCCCUGAUGUCGUUAAGCAAAUAACUUCCAUCACCAUCGAGCCCGGUGUUGAAGUUGAGGUUACAAUUGCAGAUUCUUAGAUGUGCCUCUGUCGUACUAGUUAGUCUUCUCCGAACAUGGGAAUUGAGAUUUGUGUUAGAGUUAGUAAGAUUUUGCCAUUCCAAGUUUAAAUUUAAAAGGCCAGUUUGUUGUGAGGAGCUGGAACCUCUGUUCUGUUGUGGUUUUAUUCAAUUGCAUGCUUGUUUUUUUGUUAAUCCAGUGAACUAUCAGCCUUCCCAAGGGAAACCAA